UGGUUGGCAGAAGUUGUAUUUUUUUGGGGGUUUUUUGUCUAACGAAUAGAAAACGUUAACUACAUAUUUCAUCGGUACCACACAUAGGACAUUAGUGGUACUCUUCCUUUAAAGGAAACAAUUUCAAAUCAAACAUGUACGCCAUCCGAAUUUUCCCGAGGUUAUCAAACCCAUGGACCAGCCUUAAUGUUGCCUUUUCACAGCCAGCCAACUAUGCUACUACAACACAUAAGCGUACAAAUCUUGAAGAAAAAUUGGGCUUACCAGAGAGGCCAAAAAAACCUGCAUCCCCAUAUCUGAUGUUUGUGAAAAAGACAUUUCCAGAGUAUGCAAAAAUGACUCCUAAACUUCCUUUUAAAGAGGUUGUGCAGAAGGUUUCUGAAGAAUGGAAGAAGGUAGAUUUGGAAACCAAAACGAAGAUGCUGAAUGAAUAUCAUGAAAAACUACAGAAACAUCCAGAGGAAGUUGAAAAAUACUAUAGUUCCUUAACAGAUGCUCAACGUAUACAGUUGGAAGCAGCUAAACAAGACAAAAGUGAUGUCAAAAAGAAAAGGCAGACAAUGCAAGAACUGAAAAAAACCGGAAAACCUAUUCGGCCAGUUACUUCCUUUGGAUUAUUUGUCAAGGAUGAGUAUACUAAGAUGCAGUCAAAGCAUGCUUUUGGACCAUCCGUAAUGAAAGAGAUUAGUAAGAAGUGGAAUAACCUAACCCCUGAAGAAAAAGCACCUUUUAAAUCAAGGUACCAAGAAGCCUAUAAGGCGUACGAAAAGAACCUUGUUGAAUGGGAAGAGGAUAUGGUUCGGCAAGGGAAAGAGUCGUUUGUAAGAAAUCGAUCGCGACCAGCCAAUGGAGAACCGAAAAAGUCCUCGCUUGUUAAGAGUGCCGAAACAGAUCCUGUUAAACCGUUGAUUAACAAAUAGGGAAACACAGCCUGUAACUCUGGCAUCCCUCUCCAAUGUUCAGAUCAUGUCACUCCCAUUGGAACAGAAUCGGAAUGCAUCGCCGAACAUUUGACAGAUCUCCGUCAAGCUCUAGAAUGGCCUAAACAUCUUUGUUUCAGUAUCUGCUAUAUUAUUUUUUUCUAAGUAAAAUGGUUAUCAUAUGAAUUGCUAUUUUAAUUUGAAUGCUGUCAUAUCCACCAUUUUAGAGUUGAGUUACAGGCACAUAAUAUUUUCACAUUUUCCUUACCUCAUAGCGAUAAAGAAAUAACGUGUGUGCUAACAGAAAUAAAACUUGCCACAAAGAAAA